CCAGGCCUCCCGCGCUGUGAUUACCGCAACUCUCGCGAUGUUCCGGUCUCUUCCUUGGCCGUCGUUGACAGAGAGACAAAGGCCAUGUUCAGUACAAGCGCCAAGAUUGUGAAGCCGAAUGGCGAGAAGCCGGACGAGUUUGAGUCUGGGAUUUCUCAGGCUCUGCUCGAGCUGGAGAUGAACUCCGACCUCAAGGCUCAACUGAGGGAGCUGAACAUCACCGCCGCAAAGGAGAUUGAAGUUGGCGGGAGCAGGAAAGCCAUCAUCAUCUUCGUUCCGGUGCCGCAGCUCAAGUCGUUCCAGAAGAUCCAGGUGCGUCUGGUCCGAGAGCUGGAGAAGAAGUUCAGCGGGAAACACGUGGUCUUCAUCGCUCAGAGGAGAAUUCUGCCCAAGCCCACGAGGAAAAGCCGCACGAAGAACAAGCAGAAGCGUCCCAGGAGUCGUACCCUGACGGCCGUGCACGACGCCAUCCUGGAGGACCUGGUGUUUCCCAGCGAGAUCGUGGGCAAAAGGAUCAGAGUGAAGCUCGACAGCAGCCGCCUCAUUAAAGUGCAUCUGGACAAGGCUCAGCAGAACAACGUGGAACACAAAGUGGAGACGUUCUCUGGCGUCUACAAGAAGCUCACAGGGAAAGACGUCGUGUUCGAGUUCCCCGAGUUCCAGCUGUAAAUGACAAACCAAUAAAUUUGUGUACUGUU